AUGGUGGAAUAUCUAUCUGUUUGUUGCUUUGUGGUACAUAAAACCUCCAUGGAACAUCUCCACUCUAUCCUGUCUUCAGCUGACACUCCUGCCCCACCCUUGGAUCACCAGCCCAUUGCUUCUCUCUCCUUCUCCAUAGUCCCUCAUCAUGUUGUUCUCAGUCUUCCCUUUGUCCUGUUUCCUUCAGAAGGGGGAGCAGGUCAUUGUUUGCAGUCAUUGUUUGUGUCUUUCAUCAAAUGCAUCAUGCAUCAAAUAAGUUACAAUAAAAUUAAACGGCAUGUGAAAUUUCAGUCCCCUGCCACGUCCACAUCUCCUAGGCGUGCAGUUUUAUUGCAGUGGUCCUCCUCCUCUCCAGCUGCAUCGACCACCAACCUUGCAGCCAAUACUACUACUACUACUACUACUACUACUAACACUAACACUACUACUACUACUACUACUUCUACUAAUACUACCAAUUCUGCCACUGGUUCCUCCACCCCUACCCCCACCUCCACCUCUACCACCACCACCCCUACCACCUCCUCCUCCUCCACCCCCCACUGCCCCCCCUCCCCUGUACUUCCCACCCCACCUUCCCUUCUCACUUUCCACCUCUGCCCCCUCCUCCCUUACCACCUCCACCUGUUGACUUCCAUCCUGACACCAGUUCCUUCUACCUCCCCCACCUCCGCCGCCCCCUCCUCCCCACCUCCGCCGCCCCUCCACCAUCACCCCCAGCUCCCAAGUUAUCCAACCACCAUCUCCACACAUUGGACAGGGACCAGUGGCCUGUCUCUCCACUUGCCCAACCUUCGUCAAACCUCUCCUCUUCCCGAAGACACCAUGAUUACUCCCUCCUCCCCAAAUAUUACCCAGACUGGGGGUGUCAAAUCAUCUACAUCACCUGCUAAAUGUUCCAGUACAGCACUUCGGCGCCGCUCCUCCGACUCUGACUUGAGCACAACUCCAAAAGGUGGGAGCUUAACUGGCAGCAGUGGCAGUGGUAGUGGUACUGGUGCCCUCAGUGGAUUGUCUGGACGUAUAUCGGGUCACAAGUCAGCCUUAGCACAGCCUCAACCAACAAUUGAUAUGUUGGAGUAUCCAUUUUUCACCAUGAAGACAUUUCCUCCAGGUUUCAUUGUUCAUAUAGGUGGCAUUGUAUCAGCAAAAUCUGUGAAACUCCUAGACAAGAUACACAAUCCUGAAGAACCAGAGACAAGAGAUGCUUGGUGGAUUGAAAUCAGAACAGAAAUUCGUUCCCAUUGCCGUGCUAUGGGAUGCCAUGCUGUGAUUGGUUAUAGUGAAGAAACCUCGAUAUGUGAUGAAGUAAUUAUUUUAUCAGCCAUUGGCACAGCUGCAGUUGUGAAUAGUAAUCUAGAUGUGCUUCUGCCAAUUGGUACUCAUAAAGAAAUUCCUCAACCAACACAAGUACAAGUUGGUGACCGAGUUCCUGUUGAAAAGGAAAAGUUGUUUGUUGAUGUGAAUCUAGCUAACCAGUUAGCACAAAACAGUAUUGAAGAUGGCUAUACACCAGUAAACUGUGCAGUUUGCCACAUUCCUUAUAAAAGUGUUACUAUGCCGUUUAAAGUUACUCUUGGCACCUGUGCAAUAUGUCACAAGCAGCCAGUUCCAGAUGUUCUUUUUACAACCAUCAACCCACCAGAGGAAAUUCAGACUUUAGGUAAAGGUACUCUAAUUCAAGCAAGGAUAUAUCGAACAAAAAAAGACGGGAAAGGAGAAGCUUGUGCCAAAGAAAUUAGUGAUUGUUUACCAUUUAUGGAAUAUGAACUCCAUAAUCAGCUGAUAAAUAAAUUAAAAAUGCGAGGUAUGAAUGGUCUUUUUGGAUUGGUGGUUCAUAUUACGAUUGGGGAAACAAUGCUGGCUGGAAUUGCUACUGCAACUGCUGCCUUUCUUAGUCCUCUGCCAGCUCCAUCAAUACCACGUAUUUCUGGUCAGGUAAUGACUGCUACAGACAAUACAGAUUUAGAGAUGUUGCAACAACGACUAACAACUGCUGAAAUUGUUCAAACCCAAUUUGGCUCCCGAAUUGGUGGUGGCAACAACACAGAUGAUAGUGAUGAUGAUCAAGGUGACAUUGAGCUUUCAUUUGGGAACAAGGAUACAUUUGUGUUAGAAGUUGACGAUGCUAAAGAUGAGACUGUCUCUUUGAUAUUAGAUGAUUUCACUGCACCUGAAGGUUUUGAAAUAUGUAACACAGAAACUCUGCCAGGAGUCACUAAUAUUGUUUGUAAUUUACAAAUGUUUACUCAUGUGUGGCGUGGAAAAUGUCAGAAAAAUCCAAUGACUGUUAAGGAUUUCUCCGAUCUUUUUAACCACUUAAUAAGGAAAAUCUGCUUUAAACUGAGAAAAAUGGCUCCAUGCUGUUUAAGCUGCCUUGACUUCAAUUUGGAACUUGCUGAUGAAGAUGAAGUACAGAUAACUGUGACAGGAAUGUGCACAGGACUUGGAGAAAUUCAACCCCAGAUUUCUGAUAGGAAGCAAGAACAUGGUUCUUCCCUCCUUUUGGGUGUGCCGUCCAACAGUUCUUGUGAACAAGAUCCUGAUAUGAUGUUUACAAUGGAGGAAAUACAAGACAGCCCUGUUAUAUCAAGAGUGAUUUCACAAGCUCCCAAACCCAUGAAACUGGAAAAUGGUAUGAAGUAUCAUACAGUACCUCGGCAUAGACUUGGGGUAGAGUUGAUUCCCAUGUCAUAUGUCCCAGGUGGGAAAAUCGAUCAUUACCUUGGAAGUUAUAAUUUUUUCUUUAUCAGAGAAAGUACAUCUGUCAGGGAGAUGGGUGGUCCAUGUGGCUUUAUGCAGAGUUUUGUAUCAGAAGUAAAAGCCAUUGUGCGGGCCCAUGUUGGAGCAUUGGGUGGCAAUGCCAUGGUUGCCUAUAAAAUGAAUGAGUGUAUUCUUCUCAAUAAUCCACAUAAAAACCAGUGCCAAUGUCUUAUAAAUGUGAGUGGAGAUGCUGUCAAUGUUUUAUAUUCAUUUGACCUGCCACCAGAAUUAUCUCAUGCCAACUGUGGAGUUGCUGGCAGUGGAGGUGGCAGCCGGGGGGACUUAGCAGCUCACCCCAGUGUCAGCGGCAGCAGCACUCCACGCCCUUUAUCUGGUUCGCCUGUGAUUUCAUGA